CAGGCCUUUUAUCUGUUGACUCUCAAUACUACCCUUUCUUCUCUGAAAUUUCAUCCUAACUUCUUCCCUAUUCACCUCCCCGAACUUUUCUCAAGAAAUAGCUGAAAUGCUAAGCUACCCCUGUCUCCUAGCCUGAAGAGAUAUCAAGCUUCGAAAUCUCUUCUACUUGUGACACAGAAAGAGGAGAAGAAAACAACCAUGGCUUCCACAAACACCCAGAUCAUCUCUGAUUCUCCUUCUUCUUCUUCGAAAUCAACCCAUCAAUUCACUUAUGAAGUCUUCUUGAGUUUCAGAGGAGAAGACACCCGCUAUGGUUUCACAGAUCAUCUUUAUGAGGCUUUGAUUUCCAGUGGAAUUCGCACCUUUAGAGAUGAUGAAGAUCUGGCGAGAGGAGGACUAAUUGCAUCUGAGCUGCUGGAAGCUAUUGAAGAAUCAAAGAUUUUUGUUAUCAUUUUUUCGGAAAACUAUGGUGCCUCUAGGUGGUGUCUAGAUGAACUCGUGAAGAUCAGUGAGUGUGGGGCAACCGAGGGGCGACGGAUUCUACCAAUUUUCUAUCAUGUGGAUCCAUCCCAUGUGCGGAAGCAAAGAGGGAGUUAUGAAAAGGCAUUUGUUGAUCACGAAAAGGAAGCAGAUGAGGAGAAAAGGGAGAAGAUUCAAAAGUGGAGAAGUGCCUUGGCAGAAGUUGGCAAUCUUGCUGGAUAUGAUCUACAAAAAUAUCAAUAUGAGACAAGACUUAUCAAGAAAAUUAUUGAUGUCAUCCUCAAAGAAUUGAACUCCAAGCUCUUACUACAUGUUAGCAAGAACAUAGUUCGAAUGAAUGUUCAUUUGGAAAAAUUGAAAUCAUUGAUAAAACUUGAGUCAAAUGAGGUUCGCAUGAUUGGGAUUUAUGGGCUUGGUGGAAUUGGUAAGACCACAAUUGCCAAAGCUGUAUAUAAUAAUAUCUCACAUCAAUUUGAGAGUAGAAUUUUUCUUGAAAAUGUUAGAGAAAGAUCCAAGGACUUCUCAAGUCUACUUCAAUUACAGAAAGAACUUCUUAAUGGUGUUGUGAAGGGAAAAAAUAAAAAAAUAAGUAGUGUUCAUGAAGGGAUUAAUGUGAUAAGAAACAGGUUUCACUCUAAAAAGGUUCUUCUUAUUCUUGAUGAUGUAGACAAUUUGAAGCAAUUAAAAUUCUUAGCUGGAGAACAUGGUUGGUUUGGUCCUGGAAGUAGAAUCAUCAUAACCUCUAGAGAUCAACAGUGUUUAAAUGUGCAUGAAGUCGAUGCAUCAUAUGAAGUUGAGGCACUAAAUUACAAGGAGUCUAUUCAACUUUUCUGUCAACAUGCUUUUAAACAAAACAUUCCUAAAAGUGACUAUGUAGACCUCUCAAAUCAUGUAGUAAAUUAUGUGAAAGGCCUGCCAUUAGCUCUUGAAGUUUUGGGUUCUUUUCUUUUUAAUAAAAGUGGGUCUGAUUGGGAAAGUGCAUUACAAAAACUAAAGGAAAAUCCCAACAUAGAAGUCCAAAAUGUACUUAAGAUAAGCUUUGAUGGAUUGGACAAGAAAGAGCAAGAAACAUUCCUUGACAUUGCGUGCUUCUUCAAGGGAUGGAAUGAAAAUGAUGUAACAAGACUAGUAGAGCAUGGAAGGAUUGUAAUAAGAGUUCUUAGUGACAAGUGCCUCAUAACUCUUUUUGGUAAUACCAUAAGGAUGCAUGAUUUGGUAGAAGAAAUGGGUAGAGAAAUUGUUCGACAUGAACAUCCUAAAGAGCCUGGGGAAUGGAGCAGAUUGUGGGACCCCAAGGAUAUUUCCCUUGUAUUGAAAAAAGAAAUGGGAACGAAAGCAGUUGAAGCGAUAUUUCUAGACAUGUGUACAUCAAGAGAGAUCUCAUUUACUACUGAAGCUUUCAAAAGGAUGGAGAGACUUAGAUUAUUAAAAAUUUACUGGAGUUGGGGUUUUCUUGAUUAUAUGGGAAAAUGGUGUCAAAAGCUCCUCCUUCCUGAAGACUUUCAAUUUCCUUCAUAUUAUUUAAGAUAUCUUCAUUGGGAAGGAUACUCUUUGAAAUCCUUGCCUUCAAAUUUUGAUGGAGAGAACCUCAUUGAACUCACU